CAGCCUCGCGCAGUUUCAGCGGCGUACAAGACCUGUUAUUUUUAGCGCCUGGCUCGUGUUGCAGCGUCGGGGUCGCGAGAGACGUGUUUUUUUCUCCAUCACCGUGUCACAGCUCGAGGAGGGCUCGCGGGGAGCACGAGGAGGCGACGCGACCGACUGAAUGAGACUGGAGUUACUGAUAGCUAACGAGGAGGAUAUAACGGACUGUCAGAGCGGGGAGGGGAGCACCACCUCACAUCUUAUCACCGUAUCAUCACCGUCCCACAGACUCCCUGGUCCUCGUUGAACGGCCGACCACGGAGAUGGCAAGCCCCGUUGCAGGUCGAGAUGUCCCAAAUGCCCCAACGCGGGACGAGUCGGAGCGGUUGGAGCCGAACCAUCCCGAACCAGCCUGUCAGGAGGCACAGAAAUGGAUAGAGGCUGUCACAGGGAAGAGCUUCGGAGAGAAGGACUUCCGCAGCGGAUUGGAGAACGGCAUUCUGUUAUGCGAGCUGCUGAGUGCAAUCAAACCAGGGCUGGUCAAGAAGAUCAACAGACUGCCCACCCCCAUCGCUGGGCUGGACAACCUGUCAGUCUUCCUGCGGGGCUGUGAGGAGUUGGGCCUGAGGGGCUCACAGCUGUUUGACCCCGGAGACUUACAAGACACUUCCAUACGAGCUAAUCUCAGGGACUCAGACUGCAACCGCAAACUCAAAAAUGUGCUGAACACAGUGUUCUGGCUCGGGAAAGCUGCCAGCGGCUGCGCCUCCUACAGCGGUCCUACUCUCAACCUCAAGGAGUUUGAAGGGCUUCUCGCUCAAAUGAAGGUGGAGAGUGAAGACGGAGACAGUCCACAGAAACGCAGCGUUAGAGACAGCGGCUACGACUGUUGGGACUCUGAGAGGAGCGAGUCUCUUUCUCCACCACGGCACACCCGAGACAACUCCCUAGACAGUUUGGACUCCUUUGGAUCCCGAUCACAGCACAGCCCCUCUCCUGAUGUGGUGAAUCGGGGCAACAGUGAUGGGCGAGGCAGCGACUCAGAGGCUGACGCCCCCAGCAGGAGGCCAGAUGUGCGUAAGGAUGACAUGUUGGCCAGACGGACGGCCAGCAGUGAAGCGAGAAGCUCCAUUCCCUUCAACCAGUUUCUUCCCAACCGAGCCAACGCCUGCUCCUACAUACCAACGCCGCGACGGAAACAGCAUACCGAGGAGGGAGAACAGCGGAGUCACAAUCACGCCACUCCAGAGCAGAGCAAACGAACCGGAGCUCACCAUAAAACCCCCAAGACUGUCACUUGGGCACCUGAGAACAAUGAGGAAAAACAGGAAGAGGAGAAGGUGACACAAGAAGUGUUGGAGCAGAGGAGGCUGCAGAAGCUGCAGAAGGCAGGGAUCAAAGUUCUGCCUGCUUCUGUUCGCUACAGCAGCCCUCCAUCAAUAGAGGAACAGGAGGUGAGGUCACCAUCCCCAAACAUCAUCCUUCGGUGCGAGAAUGACUUUUUGAGUGCACAGAAACCUGCGUGGGACUCUUUCUCUGACGGGGAAGAGGAGGCACAGGUGCGGAAAAUUCCUGAUGUCCACAAAGAUGAUCUGGCGACAAGAAGAGCUAAUCGUGGCACCGUGGCUCCAAAAGUGCAUCAGUUUGUUCCUCCACCUGUGUGUAGCAGCAAAGACAGAGAGCGCUGGGAAGGCAUACGGCGAGCCUCACAGCAAACCCUGCAGGAGAAGGAGAUCAGUGAGAAGGAAGCAGUCCCUGACAUCAUUACACGCAGAGACAACCCCUUCCUUAACCCUGCCCCUUACCGAAAGGAAGAGGAGGAUGAGGAGGAAGAGGAAGAAGAGGGAAAGGUUAAUGUGAUGCCUAAUAAGCAGAAAGAUGACCUGGCUCAAAGGCGAGCUCAAAGUAGGCCCCUCCCCCACAAGGACGGGCCAUUGAGCUUUGUGUCAACCUCCAUGAGCCAGUCUGACAUGCAGAAGUGGGAGAGGCUCAAGAUCACUGAACCCAGUGAGGCUAGCCCGGCCCCUGUGUGUCAGGCUUGUCUGGAGAAAAAUUAUGGAAGCCCUUUCAGCGGAUCAGCAAAGGCUGCACGAGGUCACAGCAAAGUUGUGACCUUUGGGGGCGUGACUGAGAUCGAGCAGCCAAUAGAAACUGCUACCUCAAGUGAAGGGGAGGAGACGGAGUUGCUAAGACGACUCCUUUCCAAGGCAACUGUAGCUAUGCCUUCCAUUGGCCUGGGCUCCCGGCUUUCAGAGCGGGAAGGCAGCCAGGUAGAAGGAACUGAUGCACAUCAAAGCCUCUCCUCUGUUGACCUUCAACCCUAUGCAUGUGAAACCCUUCACACUCCUGCUGAGCUGGAUGCACGACUGGCUCAGUAUGAACAGAGGACAGAGGAGGAUGAUGAUGAGGAGGAAGAGGAGAGGAUCCCUGAUCUACAGAAAGAUGACAUGAUGGCAAGGAGGACUGGAGUUUUCCAUAAACAAAGCGCUGCCACAGUGACUUACAACCGUUUCCUGCCCCUGCCCGCCUCCCAGCGCUGCAAACAAGGCGAGGCCGUCACUGAUGCUGCUCCACGGAGCAAGAAAGAAGUGCUGGCGGCAAGGAGCAAGAUAUUGAAUGUUAGAGUUGAGCAACAGCAACCCAGAGUGCCCAUGGAAACACCUAAACCUCAGCCUGACACAACUGUAAUCAGAGCGACGUCUCUCAGGGAGCGUGAAUACGACAAUGACGAUGAUGAGUAUGAUGAAAACGAGCCUGUGCCUGACCUGGAGAAGGAUGACAUGAUGGCUCGAAGGACAAGCUUGACUCAAAAACCAACUACAGCCAGAACAAAUCAGUUUCUCCCUGUACCUGGAUCAGUGAAGUAUAAUGUCGCCCCUGUGUCUGCUAUGAAGCCAUUUCCUCAAAACAAACCUAAACUCACAGAGAAGACGGCUAGAGAAAGCAGCAUCGUUACCUUGGCAGCAGAACCUCAGACUCCAUCAUCCAAAGCCCAGAUUCUCCCAAAGCGUGCAGGACUGAGAGAGAAGCAGUUGGAAGAGGAAAGAAAGCAAGAAGGAGCAAACUUUAAAACUUCAGUCACAGAGGAUUCUGAGUCCCUCUGUGCUCCCCUGCGCCCUCUUCCACCCAGUCCUGCUGCUGCUGCUCCCCAGGCUUGUAAAGCAGAGGCAGAGAUGGAGCAGAAGAGAGUGGAGGAGAGAGUUGAGGAAAAGAUGGAGAAGAAAGAGAGCAAUUUAAAUGAAGAAUGGCGAAAAAAACCUUUCUGGCUGGAUGAUGAUGAUGAUCUGCCACCCAUGAUGAUGAGCCGGCGAGUUGCUUUUAUGUCUGAGGACACUGAGAGCGUUAGCAUGGGGGACAUCCUGAACGAGGAAGAAGGGGGACAUUUACCACCUCUGAGCCAAUCACGAUAUGAGCGCAUGCACGAGCAGUACAACAACUUUGUGGAAGAGGAGGACCACUGGAGAGAUGACUUGGCUCGUUGGAAGAAUCGCCGUCGCAGCGCAUCACAGGAACUGAUCAAGAAAGAAGAGGAGAGGAAGAGGUUGGAAAAAAGGUUGAAGGAUGAAAGGAGUGAGAGCAACAAGAGGAAAAGUAUCAAGACCUACAAAGAGAUUGUGGAAGAAAAAGAGCGGAGAGAGGCAGAGCUGUGUGAAGCCUACAGGAAUGCAGCAACCCCAGAGGAGGCCGCCAUGGUUUUAGAACGCUACGCUCUCCGCUUCACAAUCAGUGACGCUACACUGGAUAGCCUGAAACUGCCCAGAUCCACAUCAAAACCCAAACAGGACCCAGGGCACAAAACAUUACCUGUUACUGAGACAGAAGCAUCAGAACCAGCUCUUAUGACAGACCAGAGCUACACAAAAUCUGACAAGAUGAAGCUGGACUUAACUGCUCAACAGGACACAUCAGAUUCUCUUUCCUCCACCACCCCGACACCUAGCAGCCCCCUCACCCCACUCACAAACUCAGAACUUGUGCCACCUAAAUCACUACAGCUCCAUGAACCUCAAACGGCAACCACAGAAUCUCCAAAUACGCAUCAGAAACAAGCAGCUGCUGAGGAUGCAAAGCUACAGACAAUACACACUCCACCACAAAAUACACAAGUGCAGCCUGCACAUACACUCCCCUCCCCUUCAUCUGUAUCCCCCAGACCUGUCCCCCUGAUCGCAGCUAAACCGUACUGUCAGCCCAGGAGCACACAGGCUGGACACAAACCUGUCAAGUUGGAUGGGCUGGUGCGGAUGAACGGAGAGGUGACAGAGGAUAUAUCAGCAACCACCCCAUCUACCCCCUCAGCACCCACCCCACAGGAGAUGGAAGUAGAUCCCCAGAAACAGACAGAGAGAGAGAUUUCCUCCGAGCAGACUGCGACCGGUCAGGAAGCAGUGGAGCAGACGCCACCUCUACAGACACAGACACCACCAAAGCAGACACAAACUCCACAGACACCACCAAAGCAGCCACCACCUCCACAGAAAACGCCUUCACAGACACAAACUCCACAGACACAAACUCCACAGACACCACCAAAGCAGCCACCACCUCCGCAGACACAACCUCUACAGACAACUCCUCCACAGAUACAAACUCCACAGGCUCCACCGAAGGAGCCAUCACAGACACAACCUCUACAGACAACUCCUCCACAGAAACAAACUCCACAGGCUCCACCAAAGGAGCCACCACAGACACAACCUAUGCAGACCCCACCUCAGGAGACACCGCCUAAGCAGACACCGCCACCUAAAGCAGAAAAAACAACCUCGUCUUCAGCCUCUGCCAUCAGCUCUCUGAUUGGAGGCCGUAACUGCAUCAUCACAACAACUAUUGUGACGGAGCUCACACAGACUGUAGUGGAGCCUCUUCACCCAGACACUCAAAGCAACGGACAGGUCAACGGUGCAGCAGUAUUUUCUGCAAGAUCAGAGGAGGAAACAAAGGCUCAGCCAGCAACAUCACCAAACAGCAUCCAGGACUAUUCUCCCACUGUCACAGAGGGACUAGAGGAGAGCAGUGUCUCUAUUGAGACCCCCAUGUUGAACUUGGCUAAACGUGUAAAUCACUGGGUCUGGGACCCCAAUGAGGAGCGUAAACGCCUGGAAAGGUGGCAGCAGGAGCAGGAGCGCCUCCUACAGGAGCAAUACGAGAAAGAACAGGAGAAGUUGAAGAAGGAGUGGGAGAAGGCACAGAUCGAGGUGGAGGAAGAGGAGAGAAAGCAUAAUGAAGAGGAGAGAAAGAUCCUUGAGGAGACGGUGACCCCCCUCAACCCCACCGGCUUGUUAAACCAGCAGGCAGACCAGACAGGGCCGACUUUACCAUCUCAUGAAAAUGAAAAGAAAGAAAGUAAAGCUCCCUACCAGCUUAACGGCCAAAGAAUCCCUACAGCAAAUGAGGAUCAGCAUGCUUCAAAGCUGCACUUUUUCCAGGAAUCUCCGUGUGAUGAGGAACCUUCAAAGAAACAGGAGUUGUGUAAGACGGCUUCUCUGGACCGCAACCCCCAGCUGAACCAGCCACAGAUUGUCAAAAGAUCUGAAUCACAAGACGCUGUAACAAACAAACAGCAGCCCUCGCCUUCAACACGCCAGCCUCCCUCACCCAGCAGGUGUGUUAGUGGGAAGAGACUCUGCUCUGGUUGUUCUCAGCCGCUGGGAAAGGGAGCUGCCAUGAUCAUCGAUACGCUGGGGCUGUUUUUCCACAUACAGUGUUUCAAGUGUGGAGUGUGUAAAGGGCAGCUGGGUGACGCCACUGCAGGGACAGACGUACGGAUUCGAAAUGGAUUGCUGAGCUGUCACGAGUGCUACAUUGCAUCUCGGGGUAGAGGUCAGCCCACCACACUAUGAUGACCCACGUUUAAACUGGAAAUACACGUCCUGGUCAUCGGUGACUUGGUGGGGAAGAUUCCUGGAAAUUUGACUCAAAUUUUGGAUAUUCUGGAAUGCUCUGGAAGAAUCUGGGAUUUUCUUGGAAGCUUUUGAAUCAUCACAUUUUUCCUGAAAUGCACAACCAGCUUUAUGGAUAUGACUGAGAGUGCAAAUGGACCGACUGGACUGAAACUGACACAACUUCACAUGCACAGUGUGUGCUUACUAACUGUACACAUGUAUACACUUCUUUUAAUAUGUGUAGCAUGGCUGUAAUCAAGAAAUCAGCUUGUAUAAGCCUUUGCACAUUCAAACUUAGCACAGUCAAGACACUAAAAUAAAUGUCGGCUUAAUAUUUGACACUUAAAUAUCAACACAUCAGUCUCUAAAUCCUGAUCAUUAACCCCUGCUUCUGCACUGAUCAUGAGACUCCACUCUCUGAGUGUGAUGGUUUGGGUUGGAAAACCUGAAGUAGCUUGACCAUUAAAAUGCCUUACUCAUCAUUCAUUCUGGGUUUUGUGUUUACAGUUUUUGCAUGACAGAAGAAGACAUAUAAGUUAUUGUGAGUUUUGCUCAGAUGGAGUAGUGUGAGUUUGAUGUAGGUUGUUCUCUGUAACAGCUGAACUUUAACUUUCCUCCUGUAUGUUGUAUAUCAUGAUAUUUUGGAUUUUUUGUGCAUCAGGCUAACUUACAUAAGCUUUUUCUUUUUAAUACUUUACAGGAAUGAGAUUGCAUGUUCUUAAUUACUCUACUUGUUCUUUGGAUUUUAAAUAUUUUCCCUUUAAGAUGUUUUAGCCAUUGUUUAUUAUUCUCAUAGACUGACUGCGACCGAAUCAGUGCCUUAUGUAAUGAAUGCGAGGGCUAGAGUAUGUGCAGGAAUAUUUGACACCCACACAGACCUCUGGGUCUCAGCACAUUGUGUGAGUGUUUGAGUGUAAACGAAAUCAUGCAUGUUAAGGUAUGAAUGCAUCGUGUGAUUUUGACUUGAAGCACAGUUCCAUACCAGCAAAAAAACAUUUGAAAUGGAUCAGCCUCUCCUAAUCACCUGCUGUUCUGUCUUCUACUCCUUUCCCUCGAGCUAAACCAAUGAUACAAAGUGAUUUGCUGCUUCCCUGUUAAUUAGUCCCCAUAUUAUGACGGUUCACGUUGUCCUCCAAUCUCUUCUUGUUUGCCUCUUUCACAAGUGUUGCCUCCCCAGAGUCUGAGCUGAACGUCUCACUCCUUCGUGUGUCUUUGCCUCUAUUUGGACACCUGACAGCGGCUUCAUCACUUAGAGGAAUAGGGCGCUCAGUUCAUUGUAUUUUAUAGCAAGUGUAUGUUUAUCAAUAAAAUAUUUUA